AUGGCGAACUACUUGGUUGCGAAACUCUUCCCUCCCAACUUUUCUAAACACCAAAGGGAUAAGUUGAUGAGUGAUUCCAAAUAUUACAUUUGGGAUGACCCUCACUUGUGGAAGAGGGGAGUAGACCAAUGUCAGAAGUUGGGAAACACAUCCCAAAGGGAUGAAAUGCCUCAACAAGCUAUGUUACUCUGUGAGAUAUUUGAUGUAUGGGGCAUUGACUUUAUGGGACCAUUUCCCAACUCAAGUGGGAAAGUAGAGGCACUGCUUAAGUGCUUUGGGGUAGUGCAUAAUGUUGCCACUGCUUAUCAUCCGCAAACCAAUGGACAAGCGGAAGUUUCCAACUGGGAGAUUAAGAGAAUCUUGGAGAAAGUAGUUAAUCCGCAAAGGAAGGAUUGGAGCAUCCAGUUAGGAGAUGCAUUAUGGGUGUAUAGAACGGCCUACAAGACUCCGUUAGGGAUGAGUCCAUUCCGAAUCAUCUAUGGUAAGGCAUGCCACCUUCCGGUGGAAAUUGAGCACAGAGCCUAUUGGGCAGUAAAGCGGUGCAACAUGGAUUUGACCCAAGCCGGAGUAGCCAGAAAAUUACAGCUAGAGGAGCUCGAGUGUUUGAGGAACGAAGCGUAUGAGAAUGCUCGGAUUUACAAAGAAAAGACUAAAGCAUUCCAUGACCAUCACAUCCAGAAAAAAGACUUUCAAGAAGGUGAUGAGGUUCUCCUCUACAAUUCGAGGCUUCAUUUCAUGCCUAGCAAGCUCCGCUCUAGAUGGGAAGGACCUUUCAAGGUGAAGGAGAUAAAGCCCUAUGGAGUAGUAGAGUUGUUUGAUCCUAAAAGUGAAGCAACUUUCAAGGUGAAUGGACAUAGAGUGAAGAAGUACCAUGGCUACAGGCUCCCAAAAGAGCUAGAGGUGUUCCUAUUGGAGAAUGUACCUAGAGAAGGAGAAACUUGA